AUGACGCUAGAGGUGGAAAUGCCACACCCAGACAUGCCGGGCAUGAAACAGAAGGGAAGAGUAUACGUGUGCGAUUUGGCCGGGACUGAACCUGCGGGCGACAUCGUGUACGCUUUGUACGAGAAAAAGACAUUUGACAGCGGCGAUAUCGAGUAUAAGUUUCUCGGACCGCACCAAGACCAACGCAAGACGAAAGAGUUGCAAGACCAGGGCAAGAAAAUUAACCUCUCCCUCAGCGAGGUACAGGCGUGGAUCCGGGUGCUACCACGCAACAUGCACGGCGGCCCUUGAUGGGUUGACGUUCCGACUUAG